UAUGUUGAUAGUAGCGUCUCUGACGUUACUACUUUAUAUCGUUACAGUUAAGUGCCUAAACGUCUCAAACUAUGACGAUUAUACGGAUUACGUAAUUUCGGAUAUGGUAUACGACGAUUUGAAAAAUCUCAGCUUCCGAGAUACGGAUAUCGAUGAAAGGCAUGGCGAGAAAAGAAUGAUUGAUCCAAGCCAUCAGAGUGGAGAUGGAGGUGUAACGGAAAUUUUAUUCGGUACUUCAGUUAAACCUGAAAUGGAAAAAUUAGUAGAAAAAGACAUUUUUAAAACCUAUUUUGGUUCAAUUGGAAGAGCUUUGAUUACUGGUAGUGAACUAGAUAGUGUAGAAUUCGUUUAUGAACCAAUCGAAUUCGUUAGAGAACAUUCUAGAAGAAAAUCGAAGAGAAAGGGAAAGAAAAGUAAAAUACGAUUUUCUAGAGAGGGUUUAGCUGAAGAUUCAUUACCGUCUAAAUCAGAUUCUAGUUAUAUCGUUUCCUUUAAGGAGAAAGAUAUGAAUAAUUUGCAUAUUCAUAAAGCAUACUCCGAACAAAAUGGCCAAAGACGUCCAUCACACGCAUAUAUCGAAAUACCAAAUAGAAAGAAGAGAAAGAGAAAGAGAAAUCAUGACAAAAAGCAUCACGAUAAAGCAAUAGAUUUAAGCCAUCUAAAGAAAAUUACAACAGUCCAUUCUUUAGAUUCGAAUAAGUACGAAAGGAAUAAUAAUAGGGCCACGUCUGAGAAAUAUAAAUACUUUAAAGACAAGAUAGGAAAUAUGGCUAUUUGCAAAUUCGAUAUUCAUGCUUCAUGUAAAGAUUCGGCUAAUAGAAUGACAAGAUUAUACUGUGUUCCAUUAAAGAACAUUUUGAAUUGUAAAUCAAUUGCAGAAUGUUCCCUAGACACAAAUCCAAAAAUACCAGGAAUUAUUAUCCAUUGUAUUCGAGAAAUAGAACGAAGGGGAUUAAAUGAAGAGAAUAUUUACGAAAGUUUUGCAAUUGAAAAGGAUAUCAAUUUUAUAUUAAAGCUACUGAUGAAAGGAGAAUAUUUUAAUUUGACGGAAGUUAACAUUCAUUUAGUAGCUAAUUUGUUAAAAGGAUUAUCAAAAUGGACAGAAACUGCAGAUGAAACAAAAAAAUUAAUAGAAAAAUUACCUACGCCUAAUAAAGACACAUUAGCGUACAUCAUUCUACAUUUGAAAAGGCUUAUGAUUCCUAACCCUGGAGAGACUGAUGAAACAUUUGCCCAAAUCUUCUCCGAGUUGUUAUUUACCUAUCCAUCUUCCUAUGAAAGGGAUCAUGUCGUCACCCUAGAGUACCCUUCAUUGGCGACAAGUGUACUGGUUAUGUUAAACAUUGACAAAUCUUUUUGGAAUAAUAUGCUCUCGGUUCCCGACGGUUACAAAGGUCCUAUAAAAUUUUACGAUUGCGAAGAGCAAUCUCCCCUAACCAACACUGAAGGAACAUCGAAUACUUAA